CUCAUAUUUAUAGCUUCAAACUGUUGUGACACUCAAAAGAAGCUGACUGCUAUAUGACAAAAUCCAGCAUCCUAUUUACUCCAUCUAAAAACCUCUCAAUUUCAACCCUUUUUUCUUUCUUUUCUUCUUCUUUUUUUGUGGGGGCCGGAUAAAAUUCAGCUUUUUGGCCGAUAAUGUUUGCUGCUUUGGCUUAUGGGCCAGCUUAUUCAGUCCUAAUUUCAAGCGGGCCGUAUCAUUUUACGGGUUCAGUUAUUUCCUGUACGUACGUUGUGUCUCUCUCGUUUUGGUGUGAAAUGAUAAAUGAUGAUGAUGAUGGUGGUGGUUAUGAGAGAGAGAUUAUGGAAAUUAUUGAAAUGCUGAAAUCUGCAAAUAUGAGGACAGAGAGGCAAGGUUCUAAAGCCAGGAAUUAUGUUGGAGGCUUACUGAACUUGUUCGACUGGAAUGCAAAGUCACGAAAGAAGUUAUCGAGCAAGGCCGAAUUGCCUGAGAAAUUCAAGCAGAAAAAAAGAUUUAACGGGAAUAUGCCUACGACACUGCUUCAUAUGCUUGACGAAGACGAAUUUGCAGCUGGGUCGAGCGUGAAAGGUAGCAGUGACUACAGUUGUGCCUCAUCAUUAACCGAAGGCGAUUUUUACAAAAGCAAGGCUCCUAACGUUGUUGCUCGGCUCAUGGGAUUAGAUUCUUUACCAAAAUCAAGCUUUCUCGACCCCAACUCAACUCCACUUACCGAAUGCCGGUCUUUUGCGAGUAGUUCCCAUUACAAAUCUAAAAGUCUCGAUUUUUCCCAAGAUUUGGAGUUCAAAUGUGAAAAUUUUGCAAAACGGUCGACUGAGAAAUUCUGCGCCAAAAUUAUGCCGCCAAGAUCGGCUAAGUCGCUUAUUUCUCCUGUUAGAAAUUCGAGUCUUCGGAAGCCAAAUGAUGCCACUCACUUAAUGGAAGCAGCUGCUAAGAUUAUCAAGCCGGGGCCUAAGGCCAGGGAAAAGACGAAAAUGCCCCAAAGAGUAAGGGAAUCGAAAGAGAAGGUCCAAGCUGUGAAAAAAACAUCGAAAAGUGAAUUUAGACACUCAGUCACUAGAAGCUGGGAUGGUUCAGUGGAUUAUUCGGGGGCAAUUGAUGCGAAAAAUAACGGAAAGUCGGUUUCGCUUGCGUUACAAGCUAAGACCAAUGUUCAAAAAAGAGCAUUGGUCGGCCAGAAAGAAACGAGUGAGUCAAGUACGACGAACAGGGUGUUGACCAGUCAAUCCCAUGCACAAAAGAGUACUACACUUAAGAAACCAUCUGCACAGAAAGGCACGAACGUGCUUCGUCAAAAUAAUCAGAAGCAAAAUUGCCCUGCCGAUAGCAAAAAGGUGCCACCUUUGAAAUCCGGAUCUCAAAAAGGUAGUCUUGUGGGCCCCACUAAAGUUUCGUCUAAGUUGGCAUCAGAAGUUGGAGAUGACAAGAAACGUGUGAGGUCUCGUAGCUCAGCUGGAGUUGCUAAAAUCAAACGAUCUUUUGAUGGUAAUAUCAGCUCAGAAAAGAAUGAGCCGAAGGGUAAAUAUGGAAAUCUCGUAGACUCUGGUGGUGCUGUGGAUGUCGUUUCUUUUACGUUCAGUGCUCCAGUUGCUGCAAGGGAAGGAGGUGGCUCAGUGGGGUCCACAAAUUCUCCGAGUAAACGAAUAUUGCUUGACCCAAGUGGCGUGGAUGGUCAAAAGUUUUUGUCACUUGGACAAAGUGUUGAUACAGUAAGGCACACUUUCUUGGAGGGGAGACUGAAGGUAUUGACUCAGAAAGAGUUUACACAACAGAAAACCAAAGAUGGAGUUUGGAUAGAUAAUCCUGAAGGCCAACCGAGGUCAAGUCUUAUGCAAGAUGGCCAUUCUUGUUCUAAUGGAUUUAUCACUGGUCAAAAGUGGCAGGUUAAAGAUGUAGACAUACAUGAUCAAAGGACCAUUUUUGGAGAGAGAACUUUACUUGAUAAUCGGCUUCCAAGUCCCGUUUCUGUUUUUGACCAUAUUUCCAUAACAGAAAGUUCCAAUUCCUCAGAAACCACAGACAGUAGUACCACAAGAGGUGGCAACCUGUAUUCGUCCAUUCAAUUUCAAGAAGCUGAUUUAUCAGACUCAGCUUCUUCUACUUCGAAAGCAUCCAAAACGAGAAGCAUCGCAUUAAAUUCCCCUUACCAUAAUAAAUCAAGAAAUUUGGAACUAUUGUACAUAAAGAAGCUACUAAGCAAUAUCGAACCUAUGUUUAAGGACUACGCACUCGGCAAAACUAGUGAGAUCAUAAACCCUCAUGUUUUCAAACAACCCGAAAAUCGAGAAGAAGGGCAUUCGCAUGGUGUUGAAAGUAUUCCAAGAUUAGAUCGAAGGCUUAUGUUUGACUGCGUGAACGAGUGCUUGGACUUGAGGUGCGGACGAUUUGCAAAGGGAGGAUAUAAAUUAUGGGCUAAGGGUACGCUUGUGGUUAAAAGAAAUGAGGUGUUAGCUGAAAAUGUGUACAGAGAUAUUUCUUGUUGGGGUUCAAUGGGACAUUUUAUGGUCGAUGAAAUUGUUGGUAAGGAUAUGAGCAGCAAAAAUGGGUCGUGGCUCGACCAUGAAGUUGAUGUUUUUGCGCUCGGGAUUCAGAUAGAGUCUUGGGUAUUGAGUAGUUUGAUAGAUGAAGUUGUUGAUGAUAUUUUGGUGCUUUGAGCACAGGGGAGUAUAUAUGUGUGUGAGUCAAAAGUUUUGAGCACAGGGAAGUAUAUAUGCGUGUGAGUUUGAUCAAUCUUCAUGUUUCAAUUGGCUGAACAAUCUGUGAAAUUUAAAUAUUGGGAAACAGUGUAACUGUUGACAUACUGAAAUUAUACGUACUAGUAUUAAAAGUAUAUGAAAAAGGGAUAUAAGUUGGGGAAACAUUUUUUAUUCAAGUAUUGUUUUAUCCUUUCGACUAUUUAUUGUGAGCCUAAAACUUUGG